CAGCUUUCUCCUGAAGAAACUCUCCGAAGAAGAGAAAACGCUCCAGAAAAAUGGCCUCCAAAGUUGCAGCUCUGCUCUUCCUGGGUCUCAUCUGCUUCCACGUUGCAACAGCCCAGAUUGUGAUGGAUUGCUGCUUGAGCGUCAGCGAAAAACGUCUGAUUCCUAAAAACAUUGUGAGCUACAAGCUUCAGGUUGCAGGCUCGGGAUGUGACAUCAGCGCCGCUGUGUUUUUGAAUAAGAAAGGCAUGAAGCUGUGUGUCGUUCCCCCUGAGGGAAACCAGUGGGUGCAAAACCUCAUCAGGACUUUGGAAAAGAGGAGACAGUCUCCAAACUAGAACAGAACAUGGAGAAAAGACGGAAAAACUGCUGAAAAAGAUCAAACUUGUAAAGUUGCUCACAAGUUGUUUUGGUUCUGCACAAGUUUAUUUUAAUUUAUGGUGACAGACUUCUGUUUCCUCUUUUUGUAGUUUUCUUUCUGUUGAAUUUCUCUGACAUGUUGUACAGAAACAGAACCAAUUGCCUUAACUUGCCUGAACUGCAAGCAGA